AUGCCAAAAGAAUACAAGAAUGAAUAUCAGCCUCUUCUAGCUAAAGCAACCAAAGAUAGAAGGCGGCCAAAGCUUCCAAACAAAUCACUUCUGCUGGCUGUGUGUGCUGCUGGCAUCGGGGGGACCUUUCAGUAUGGAUAUAAUAUAUCUGUCAUCAAUGCACCCACAGCGUAUGUGCAAGAUUUCAUCAACCAAACCUGGAGCGAGCGUUACCAAACUCAAAUAUCAGAUGAUGGUCUCACCCUCCUCUGGUCCACUAUCGUGUCCAUAUUCACUUUAGGAGGACUUAUAGGGGCACUGAUUGGUGGAACAUUGUCUGUGAGGGUCGGAAGAAAAGGGACACUGCUGACCAAUAACAUAUUUGCACUCCUGGCUGCUUUGCUGAUGGGUCUGAGUUAUCCUACAGGGUUAUUUGAAUUACUCAUCAUCGGACGUUUCAUCUCUGGAUUAAAUGCAGGCAUUGCCAUUUGUGUUCAACCUCUAUAUUUGGGAGAAAUAGCUCCGACUUCCCUGCGUGGUGCUAUGGGAAUGGGAACCUCAAUUUUCAUUACUGGGGGGAUCUUUACCGGACAAGUGAUUGGCCUCAGAGAGCUCCUGGGGAAAGAGGAGUACUGGCCCAUCCUGCUCUCCACCACCUGUAUCCCAGCUUUUCUGCAGCUCCUGAUCCUGCCCUGGUUCCCUGAGAGCCCACGCUAUCUGCUCAUCGACAAAGGGGAUGAAGAGGGUUGUAAGAAAGCCCUGAAGCAGCUGCACGGUAUAGGUGAUUGUGACAGUGAACAAGAGGAUAUUGAGAAGGAGAGGAAUAGCUUAUCAGGUUUACAGGCCAAGAAACCCUGGGAGCUCUUUGCUGAUCGCUCUUUACGCUGGCAGGUUCUCACCAUCAUGGUGCUCAACGCUGCACAACAGCUGAACGGCAUCAAUGCUAUUUACUUCUACGCAGGUUACGUGUUCAAACAGUCUGGUAUUCCCAGUGAUAAGAUACCAUACGCCACUGUCGGCACUGGUGCCUGUGAAUGCAUCACCGCUUUAACAUGUGGUAUGCUCAUUGACCGUCUGGGAAGGAAAGUACUCAUCAUGGGAGGAUACACACUGAUGGCUAUCUGCUGCGUUUUAUUCACGCUGACCCUAACUUUUCAGGAGGCGAGCCCAGUUGUUCCAUACCUCAGCAUGGUCUGUGUUUUUGCUUUCAUCUUAAGUUUUGGCUUAGGACCAGGUGGCGUGACUAACAUCUUAACAACUGAGCUGUUCACGCAAAACUCGCGCCCUGCAGCGUACAUGCUUGCAGGGUCAGUGAACUGGUCCAGUUUCUUCUUCAUUGGCCUGGUCUUCCCCUUCAUUGUGCUCGGACUGAAGCAGUACUGUUUCCUGGUGUUCUUGGUUAUCUGCUGCUUGGUGAUAAUAUAUAUCUUCCUUGUUGUCCCUGAAACCAAGAACAAAACCUUUCUGGAAAUCCAGAACGAGUUCCAGUCUUCCAAAAAGAGGCAGAUCGGCUGUUCGGACGGAGCAGGGACAAUACUGUUGUCAACUUCAAUAUGAUAUGUGCCUCGUUAAACAGGGUUAUUUAAUCAGUGAUUCUUUAUGUCACACAAUAUUUAUCACACAAAUCUGAAAUAUUUAUAGCGAACACAUGAGAUAACUUCCUGAGACCCAGGUUCAUGUUUGGGAUGCAAUUUGUAAUUUUGCCUUGUUAUUUUUGAUUA